AUGGACGAAAUCCUGCGCGCCCGCAAGCUCACGGAGGAAAUCCUGGCACGCGCCGCUAGCAUCAAGACCCAUAUGGCUCAGGUCAGCCGCAGUAUGGCCAACAUGGCUCUCAUUGAGGAGGAACAUAAGGCCCGAGCGGCUAGGGAGGCGGCGGAAGCAACCAAACCACCUCUACGGCUCAUGGACCUCCCAGACGACCUACUACGGAUGGUGGCAGCGGGGGGGGGGGUGGGGGCGGGGGCGGGAGGCAGCAGCAUCGGGGGCGGUUCCGGAGCGGCGGCGUUGGCGGCCCUGGCUAUGACCUGCCGCCGCUGGCGUCGCCUGGCGCUUGGCGAAUCUGCGCUCUGGGAGGACAUGUGCCGGCGGAGAUGGGGCGUCGCGGAGUACGACCCAGGUGCCGUACUGGUCCUGGAUCCACGACUUCUGCACCUGGCAGCGGGCUGGCCGAAGGCGGCGCUGGGUGCCGGCGGCGGCAGCGGCGCUGCCGCCCGGGGCAUCCUCGCUAGCCAGGGCACAGGGCCAGCGGAUGGCCACCCGGAUAAGGCCCACCCGGCUGCGUCACCCGCAUCGCAGCCACCCACCAUACCACCAACGCCGCCGACAGCACACGCCGUAUCACAAAAUACGACCUCAACACCGCCUCCGCAGCCCGUCAGCCCGUCAGCGCUAGCAGCAGGGGCACUCGUAGCCGCCGUCAGCGGCGCCGUCAGCGGCGCCACGUCACCUAGGUGUCUUGCGGCGUCGCCGGGUGCGCGGACGGCGGGUGGCGGCAGCGGCGGCGGCGGCGCAGCAUCUGGACGUGCGUCAGGUGCAGCCGUACAUGGAUCCGGAGCGGCUCCAACUGUCGGACCACUUGUACGGCUCGGCGGAGGCGAUGCUCUGGAACCGGUGCCGCUGGGGUGGGUGUUGCGGAGCGGAACUGGAACGGGCGGCAGUAGCGGCGGCGGCGGCGGCGUCACAUCCCCGACGGCACGGGCUAAAGGCCUGAGCGCUUGGGACACGGGGGGUUGCGGCGGCGGCGGCGGCGACGGCGGCGGCGGUCACCUUGGUGGUGGUGGUGGUGGUGAUGUGGGCGAGGAGGGUGAUGUCGGCGAACCCAAUUUGUGGCUGCUGGUGUACAGAGACCGACUGGUCGGUUGGCGGUGUGUGCUGGCUGUGUUUCGGUGGCUCCAGUCCCACGGCUGCCCGGAGGCCGUGUCGGGCUCCCUGCACCGGCAGCAGCUGCUGCUGGCGCUGAGGUACCUGCACCUCAACCUGGGCCUUACAAGCGCCGCAGCUGCAGCCGCCGUCGCAGCCACCGCUACUGCCACGGCGGCAGCUGCCACUGAGAAUCCUGGCGGCGGCGGCGGCGGCAGUGGUGGUGGUGGUAGCGGUAACGGUAACCCCGGCUGCUUGUCCUCCUUCCCAGACUUCUUAACUCCGUCCUCACCGUCAUCGUCACCGUCGUCGUCUUUGUCGCCUUCGGUCCGGUCUGCGGAGUCAUUGGCGGCUGAGCUACUGCUGGACAUACCUGAUAUUGUAGGUGUAGGUGUUCCCUGCCUUCUCUCCCUGCUCACGAACGACAGCGCCCUCGUGGUGGAGCUGGCGGCGGCGGCACUGGCGGACUUGCUGGCGAUGGACCAAGAAAAACUGGAUAGGGAAAGGGCCGCCGCCGCAGCCGCCGCCGCCGCGGCAGCAGCAGAAAAGAAUGCUGCAGAUGGGACCCAUGGGUCGUUCGGAAAUCGGAGACGUGCAACGGCCUAUGGUGACGGCGGUGGCGUCGGCGUCGUCGGUGGCGGCAAUCCCCAGCGACAGAGCUGGGCGGGGGAGCGGUUGGUAGGUACGACAGCGGCGCUGGUCGGACCUGACGGUCGGCCGAUGGGCGGUACGGCAGCGGCGCUGGUGGCGUUGGGUGACGGCACUGGGGCCCGCUGGGGUGGCGGCGGCGGCGGCGGCGGCCGGGGACCUGUCGUCGAGCUUCUGGUACGGCUGCUAACAGCAGCAGCAGCUGCUGCGGGGUGGCGGGCGGGGGAGGGCGCUGAGGAGUUUCGCCUGACAGGGUGGCUGGACCUUGCCUCCGGGGAAUGGCACAUAGAGCGCCGUUGCGUCAAUGUGCCGUACGCGCUGUCGUACAAGGGUUACAGUGACGCACGAGGGUGUUGGGGCACAUACACAGUGCAGACAGAGCCGGGACCCGCUCCCGGGACCGCGCCACACGCUGAAGGGGGGGCAGCGGCGGCGGCGGCGGCGGCAGGGGGCCCGGCGGCGGCGGCGGGGGGGGGUCUUAGGUCAACGACGGCGUCCACGUUGGGCCCCGGCGGCUCUUCAUCCGUACGCCGUCUGAAACUGUUCAGACCCCAAGAGAGUCAUGCACUGGGUUGGCGCGUUUUUCCGUUCGUGUGUCCGGUCAUUGACUUGUUGUUCCGAGACCCCUCCCUUCCCCUGCCCAAGGACCUCCUGGACCUCCUACAAGCCUUAGAACAACAGCAACGACGACAACAACUGGAGGAUGAGGAUCGGAGGCGAACAAGGACCAACCCCGGGAGGAGUGCCGUACAGGAUGAGAAUGGUGGUAAUGAGCACGAGGUCGAUGGUAAUGAUGACGAGCUUGCUGCUGCGGGCGAGGAAGGGGAGGAGCGGGGGAAGGCAGCGGAUGCGCCGACGGCGGCGUCUGCGGUGGCUAUGGCGGUGGCGGCCGUUAACGAAACUCAUGAUCAUACGAUUGAUGGCAUGAGUGAGCGACUGUGGCUGCGGCUGUUGCUGCUGUUGCGGCUGCGGCUGAUGCUGUGUCUGUAG